AAUUACUACCAAUCUUUUUCAGUUUUUUUGUAUGGGACUAUGGGUUCCCCUUUGCCAAAGAAGGUUUAACAAGAAAGAAAAAGAAAAAGGGAAAUUUGAGUUACCAGUGAUUCUGGCUUAUACACGCCCCCCAUCCCCAAAGUGCUUGGGAACUCAUUUUUAGGUUGGCGGCGGACAGAGACUGAGAGUCUGAGAGACGAGCCGCCCCCAUAACCCUUCUGUUUCCAUCUUUGAACUUUCCCCUCUUUUCUCAACAGAGCCACAAGACUCUUCAUUCUUCGUGUGCUUCUUUUUGUUCUUAUACCUGAUUUCAUAUUGAUUAUCAGUAUCUAUGGUUACGUUUGAGCUGCUGUGACCAUGUUACGCGCAAAGCAGCUUGGUACCCUCUCCCACUCUGCUAGGUCCAUCAUCUUUGGUGGGUCCCGAUGCAAUGCAGCAGAUAGUUCAUGUACUUGUGCCGAGGAUGAGACCUGCAUCUCCAAAAGACCACAAACAAGGAAUGUCCCUGCGCAUCCACAAACACCUUCAACCUUGAUACUUUCAAGACAUGUGGAGGACGCCACCAACAAAAAUAACAAUCUAGACCAGAAAGUUUCUCGGCCACAGGUUAUACCUCCUGCCACUAAUCCAACGGUGGUGGGAGCAGAUCGUGUCUGUUAUGGUGGAAGCUUGGAAGAAUCAGACAUCACAUAUUCACUGUCUCCUAAAUCCGAUCAAUUUGUUAGGGUGGGUAUUGCAGCAGUCAAUUUUUUAUCAGAUUUAGUAAAUUAUAAAAUUCCAAUAAAAGAUGGAAAUGGAUUACUGGACUCUUCCCUUACCUCCUAUGUGGUUGAGCAUACAAAACCUGCUUGUAGUGUUAAACCAGCAGCCACAAAAACAUUUACAAGAGAGCAAGGAAAAUCUUCAGUUGAGCCUUCAGCAUCAAAGUCUGUAAUUACUUCUAGACGAGGAGAAGGAGAGGGUAUCAAGAGUAACAGAGGUGGAAAACAUGGUCCUGUCAAAGUUGUUCCUUCUCUUUGUGGUGAAGGUUUGAGAAAUUUUGUUCAGUCAGCUGAAGUUGAAGGUCAUAAGUCAACCAGCUCAUUAACAGUAAAUGUUCCUGCUAAUUCCCACUACAUAAAGAGGACAGGAGCUCAGGAGUCAAGACCCUGUCCGAACGGCCACAUGAAAGACAAGAAGCAUAAGGAUGAUGAGGCAGAAGGUUUGACCGCGCCUCCUCUAAGAAAGACCAGAGGAGCUCAUACCGGAGUUUUUCCCACCGCACGGAAGUUUCCGGGUUCUGGGAAUCUUGUGGAAACAGUUUCUCACAUCUUGCAACACAUGAAUUGGGGCUCAGAGACAGAAGAGUUUCUUCGGAAACUUGAUUGUUCAUUAAAUGUCUAUCAAGCGAACCAAAUUCUUAAGAAGCUCCAAGAUCAUUCAGUAGCCCUUGAAUUUUUCCACUGGCUGACCCAACAGCACGGGUUUAAACACGAUGGGCAUACCUAUACCACUAUGGUUGGCAUCCUUGGACGUGCCAGGCAGUUUGGGGCUAUAAACAAGUUGCUCCAGCAGAUGGUCAAUGACGGAUGUCAACCGAAUGUGGUGACGUAUAACCGGAUCAUUCACGGGUAUGGGCGGGCAAACUACUUGGGCGAAGCAUUGGCUGUCUUUGACCAAAUGCAGAAAGCUGGGUGUGAGCCGGACCGGGUCACUUACUGUACACUCAUUGACAUUCACGCAAAGGCAGGAUAUCUCGGUGUUGCCAUGGACUUGUACCAAAGAAUGCAAACGGUCGGCCUUUCACCAGACACAUUCACUUACAGCGUCAUCAUUAACUGCCUGGGCAAAGCAGGCCACCUGGCGGAUGCUCAUAAGCUUUUCUGCGAAAUGGUCAACCAUGGGUGCAUGCCAAACCUGGUAACAUAUAAUGUCAUGAUUGCUUUGCAUGCCAAGGCAAGGAACUAUACGACUGCUCUAAACAUUUACCGGGACAUGCAGAAUGCCGGGUUUGAGCCGGACAAGGUGACCUACAGCACAGUAAUGGAGGUUCUCGGGCAUUUUGGGCACCUAGAAGAAGUGGAAGCAGUAUUUUCUGAGAUGAAGAGAAAAAACUGGGUCCCGGAUGAGUAUAACUACGGCAUCAUGGUGGACCUGUGGGGAAAGGCUGGGAAUCUUGAAAAGGCAAUGGAGUGGUAUCAAGCCAUGCUUGAUUCUGGUCUAUGCCCAAACGUGCCCACUUGCAACUCCCUCCUUAGCGCUUUCCUUCGGGUCCACCGAUUAUCCGAUGCAUAUUACUUGCUCCAGACCAUGCUAGGUUUGGGUCUCGCUCCAUCUUUACAAACCUACACCUUGCUACUCAGCUGUUGUACGGAUGAAGCGCAUGCAUCACUCGACAUGGGAUUCUGUUACGAGCUGAUGGGAAUCACAGGUCACCCGGCCCACAAAUUCUUAGUGACAAUGCCGUCCGCUGGAGCAGACGGGCGGAAUGUGAGGGACCACGUUACCCGGUUCUUGGAUUUGAUGCACAGCGAAGAUAGGGACAGCAAGAGGGGACUCGUGGAUUCAGUUAUUGAUUUCCUUCACAAAUCUGGGCUCAAAGAGGAAGCCGCCUCUGUCUGGGAGGCGGCAGCAGUGAAGAACAUAUACCCUGAUGCCGUACGAGAGAAAGGUGCCCUUUACUGGCUGAUAAAUCUUCAUGUGAUGUCAGAUGGGACUGCUGUGACGGCUCUUUCAAGGACACUGGCCUUGUUUCGCAGACAUAUGCUUUCCUCUGGAGUCUGUCCAAACCGGAUUGAUAUAGUGACUGGGUGGGGCCGGAGGAGCAGGGUGACAGGUACUUCUCUUGUGAGACAAACGGUACAAGAUUUGCUCAGCUUGCUUAAUUUUCCAUUUCUGCCUGGUAAUGGUAACUCUGGCUGUUUCGUGGGGUGUGGACAGCCCCUUGGUAAUUGGUUGGUCCAACCUUACGUCGAGCGCAUGCAUUUGCUAUAGCUAUUUAUUAUGUUCUUCAUAGUCCGUAAUAUGAGGUGUGAUACCAGUCAGAUCAGGGUUUUUAUUGAAAUUUGGAACCGAUCAUUUUGUAACAUGAACUGCAUGCAUCUCUUUAUGGAUUAGUGGUUUGAUGUACGUUUGCUUGUGCCGCUUUUUAUCCCAUUGGUGUUGCAGCUCAUACUCUAGGUUCUGUUUUGAUCCUUAGAAUGCAAGGAAUGAAAAUGGCGAAGCUUGGGGAUUUUUCUUUUAAAUUACGGGAAGUCCUUCAAAGUUCAAACUCAAUGAAUCAAUUUUAGAUCUUUGUUCAGACUCUUUUUAUCAGAACCUAUAUAAGAUCUCUAUCCGAACUCCUUUAAUUUGUAUAUUUCUGUUAUAUAC